CGGGGAGUUCAAGAACAGCAGAGAGACCGCCCUUGUUCGUUCCCGUGGAAAGGCGGUAUCGGGCCGCGUCGUUUCCUUCGCCGCCCCGCAAACAACCAGGCAGGGGAUCUAGGGUUUCGGCGCGGCUUGGAAUGAUCUGGGGCCUUCCAAGGCGGUCCAGGGCACCUGGAUCGUUUCCGCGCUUCCCUCGAUCUUUGGAGCCGGAUCUUUGAGAUUUUUUUCUUGUUGCGUUUGAUCGGCGGUUCUUUCUUGGGAUUUGGUGCGCCUAGGAGGAUCUUGGUGAUCUGCGGACCUCAAGGAAUCCAACGAUUUUCGUAGAGUUUCGUACGUGAUGUGAUGAUUGGUAUCGUUGAAAGAGUUCGGUCCAUUGUGAAUUUGCCGAAAUUUCGUCUUUCCUCGAAGCCGUUGAUGAUGCUGUGAAAGUUCUUGGAGCGGAGAAGAAGUUUUGGAGAUGAGUUGGCUACUAUUUGGUGCGUCUGGUGAGGUUCUUUGAUCCAUUUUGAUGAUUUGACAAUUUGAUCCAUCCGAGCCCGGGGGAAAUUUUGCCAAUUUGGAGAACUUUGUUUUUGUUUUUCUCCGUGGAGUUGUGUAGUCGUGGUCUCGGUGGAAAAUUUUGUCCUUUGUCUCGAUUUUAAAAGGGGGUCAGGAUGGUGAGCGGACACCUUUUUCUGUGUCGAAAACACUCGUGGCCUGCAGAGGAAUAUGUUAGCAGAACUACGUUGCAGUUGCUCGACUUUGAUGGAGGUGCGCCACCAGAGCAGGCAUGGAGGAGGAGGCUAAAUAGUCAUGCUAACAUACUGAAGGAAUUCAGUGUGACAUUUAUGGAGGCAAUUAGAAUGAUGCGCCUUGGUGUUCGCCUUUGGUCAUACGUGAGAGAAGAAGCUUCUCAAGGAAGGAAAGCACCCAUUGAUCCAUUUACGCGAGAAAGAUGUAAGCCCUCAGCUUCCCAAGGGGUACCGCUUGGAGGAAUGGGAAGUGGAAGCAUCUCAAGAGGUUUCAGAGGGGAGUUUAAACAUUGGCAGAUAAUUCCUGGUUCAUGUGAAGCGUCACCUGUCAUGACAAAUCAGUUCUCUAUUUUUAUAUCUCGAGAUGGAGGAAAUAAAAAGUACUCUUCAGUUUUAGCUCCUGGUCAUCAUGAAGGGAUAAAGAAAUUUGGUGAUCAGGGCAUUUCAUCAUGGGACUGGAAUCUAAGUGGUCAGCAUUCCACAUACCAUGCUUUAUUCCCUAGGGCAUGGACUGUUUAUGAUGGUGAACCAGAUCCUGACCUCAAAAUCUCAUGUCGCCAGAUAUCACCAUUUAUACCACAUAAUUAUCAUGAGAGCAGUCUACCAACAUCUGUGUUUGUGUACACCCUAGUAAAUACUGGAAGGGAAAGGGCAAAAGUCAGUUUGCUGAUGACCUGGGCGAAUUCCAUUGGAGGAGUUUCUCAUCACUCUGGAGGCCACAUCAACGAGCCAUUCAUAGGGGAAGAUGGAGUAUCUGGGGUGCUUCUACAUCACAAGACUGCAAAAGAUAACCCUCCUGUAACUUUUGCCAUUGCUGCUUGUGAAACUCAGAAUGUGAAUGUGACUGUCUUGCCAAAUUUUGGGCUUUCUGGAGAAAAUUGCGUUACAGCUAGAGACAUGUGGGGCACCAUGGUGCAGGAUGGGCAGUUUGAUCGUGAAUAUUUCAAUGCUGGCCCCAGUGCGCCAUCUGCUCCAGGAAGUACACUUUGUGCAGCAGUUUCAGCCUCUACAUGGGUAGAACCACAUGGAAGAUGCACUGUUGCAUUCGCUUUGGCCUGGUCAUCUCCUAAAGUAAAGUUUCAGAAGGGAUGUUCAUAUCACAGGAGAUACACAAAAUUUUAUGGAACUUCAGAAAGAUCGGCCAUCAAUUUGGUUCAUGAUGCAUUGAUGGGGUAUAAGUGUUGGGAGGAAGAGAUUGAGAAAUGGCAAGAUCCUAUACUCAAGGAUGAAAAGCUUCCAGAGUGGUACAAAUUCACUCUUUUUAAUGAGCUCUACUUUCUGGUUGCCGGGGGAACAGUUUGGACAGAUGGUGAAGCUCCCGUCAGUAAUGAGAAACAAAAUCCUGGUUCCAACCGCCAAAAAUCCUCAAAAAUAGCAAAAGAAGAUGCCAAUGCUGUAUCUACAAAAAGAAGCCAUGUGAAUUUCGCUAUGGAGCAGAUUUCUUUUGACACUGGACUACACAAUGGUGAUGAGAAAAUGGUCCCAUUGUCUUCAGCAGGAGAUGAUUCGGAAGAUAGUGACAAUUUAGAUAGCCCUGAAUCUCUACAGGCUGGACCUCUUCUACACCUGCAUGAUGGUCCCGAAAAUGUUGGGAGGUUUCUGUACUUGGAAGGAGUAGAGUAUAUCAUGUGGUGUACAUAUGAUGUGCACUUCUAUGCUUCUUUUGCUCUUCUGGAUCUCUUUCCAAAAAUUGAGUUAAGUAUUCAACGAGAUUUUGCCCAAGCUGUUUUGUAUGAGGACAGGAGAAAAGUCAAAUUUCUGGCUGAUGGUAACUGGGGAAUCCGUAACGUUAAAGGUGCCGUUCCCCAUGAUCUAGGAACACAUGAUCCAUGGCAUGAAAUGAAUGCUUACAACAUACAUGAUACGAGCAAAUGGAAAGAUCUCAACCCAAAGUUCGUACUCCAGGUGUAUAGGGAUUUUGCUGCAACUGGUGACACGUCAUUUGGAAGGGACGUCUGGCCAGCUGUUCGAGCUGCUAUUGAUUAUAUGGAACAAUUUGAUCGUGAUGAUGAUGGUCUCAUCGAGAAUGAUGGUUUCCCUGAUCAAACUUAUGAUGCUUGGACAGUUCAUGGCAUCAGUGCGUACUGUGGAUGUCUUUGGCUAGCUGCACUCCAAGCUGCAGCAGCUAUGGCUCAUCGCCUUGGGGAUCAUUCUUUUUCUGAAAAAUGUAAGAUUAAAUUUUUGAAAGCUAAACCUGUGUUUGAAGCUAAAUUGUGGAAUGGAUCAUACUUCAAUUAUGACAGUGGUACGAGUAGCAACAGCCGGUCUAUACAGGCAGAUCAACUUGCAGGGGAAUGGUAUACUGCUUCAUCAGGAUUGCCCUCACUUUUCGAUGAUAAUAAAAUAAGAAGCACUCUUCAGAAAAUAUUUGAAUUCAAUGUGAUGAAGGUGAGAGGAGGACGAAUGGGGGCUGUUAAUGGAAUGCAUCCUAAUGGAAAGGUUGAUGAAUCUUGCAUGCAGUCACGUGAAAUUUGGACUGGGGUUACCUAUAGUGUGGCCGCUACCAUGCUGCUUCAUGGGAUGGAGCAUCAAGCAUUUACCACGGCAGAAGGUAUUUUUAUUGCAGGCUGGUCCGAAGAAGGAUAUGGGUAUUGGUUUCAGACCCCUGAAGCAUGGACUACUGAUGGACACUACCGCUCCCUGAUGUACAUGCGCCCACUUGCAAUAUGGGCGAUGCAAUGGGCCUUGUCUCCUCCAAAAGCAAUCAUUGAGGCUCCCAAAAUAAAUAUGAUGGACAGGAUGUAUAUCUCUCCCCUCAAUGUUAGAGCUGUUCAUGAGAUGGGUGUGAGAAAAAUUGCACCUAAAAGUAGCUGUUUUGGCGAUACGGUAUUUCACUGUGAAUGCUGAUCAGACAGAACGUAGGGUGGUGAAUUCACUCGUCAGGUUCUUGGCUUUCCUAACCCUUGAAAAGAGAAGGGUUGGGAUUUUUUUUUAGAAAUUUAAAUGAAACAUGUAAUUUAGUCAUCCCAAUGUAAUUGAUAAUCAUAAAAUUAAUCUGGUGGUUCAUCAAGAGCAAUCUCAUUGUAUAACAUUAUUUUUCUUUUUUUCAAUUUGCUUUAUAUAUUAUGCCUUUCUUAUUCUA